AUGCUGGACUCCUCGGUGGCAGAUCGGUUGACCCGGCUGACCCUGAAACUCCUGGAGAAGAAGCUGAAGCAGGAGCGCGAGGAUGUAGAAGCGGGUUCUGAGGACCCCCACCUCACGCCCGGAAAUGAGGAUGGGCCAGAGGCCGCCCUGCGGAGCGCUCUGCGGAUGAGGAAGGACCUUCUGCAGAGACUCUGGGAACAGCACCUCCUGGAAGAGGUCUCCAGGGCCCGCGCCUGGAGGGGGCUGGACGGAGGAGCCCGUGGGUCAGUGCUGCCCCCAGAGGUGCCCCCCGUGGGCGUCCACCCCGCUGUCUCCCCGGCCCCACCCACCCUGGACCCACCGCAGAUCACCCAACACCCGGCACCCCCACCUCCCACCACCAUCAUCCAGCAGCUGCCUCAGCAGCCACUCAUCGCACAGAUUCCCCUUCCCCAGGCCUUCCCCACUCAGCAGUCAGGAAGCAUCAAGGAAGACGUGGCGGAGAUGAUGCUGAUGCAGAACGCACAGAUGCACCAGAUCCUCAUGCAGAACCUGAUGCUCAGAGCCCUGCCCCCGUCAGCGCUCGUGCCCGGCCCCCCGCGCCGCCCCCCGCAGGACCUGCAGUGGGCUCGCCCCGCCGUCCUGCGAGCCAAGAGGCAGAAGCCGCCCUCUGUGCACCACCAUUACCACUACGCGCCCCCAGCCCCGCUGCAGGCCAGCCCCACUCCUGGCUCCCCGGCGGGUUACUCCACGUGGCCCCCGGUGGUCUCCGCCACUGCCCUCCCUCCUGCUGCCAGCUUCCUGCCCACCGUGUGGCACGUGGCCGGUCCCUCAGUGGCCGCCCUUAGCACGCUCCAGGCCUGUGACCCCACGGCGGGCUCGGGUAAGCGGCAGGCCCUCGUGCUCCCCCAGGGGGAUGAGGGUCACGAGGAGACACGGGGGUUCAUCAGGAGACAUGGCUCAGGAGCCAGGAGAGAAAAGGUCGACUGA